ACGCUUUCCUGUGUGGCAGUGAAGACAGAGGGCUGCCGUCACAAGGCUUAAUUGUGUCAGUUUUCCUUGACACUAUAUCAUUGAAAUAAAUCAUGUAAGGUUGUCUGCCUGAAACCGCACAGACAUGAUGAAGGAUAAUCGUCUACACCAGUACUAUUUCCUGCUGUUGCUGGUGGUCGUUGUCACCGCGACACAGAUAUGCACGGACGUCAACAUGCUGCACCAAGUACAACGCGGUGUAAGAGUGACCUCCCCUUACUUUCUGCGGACUGCGACUUCCGGUCUUAUCACGUGUGCUGUGGAAUGUUUGUUGCGGAGCCGCUGUAGGGCCUUCAGUCAUGGAAGUGGGGAGUGCACUUUAUUACCAUACAACAGUUCUUCAAGUGACUUAAAAAAGGAAUCGGAUACAACAUCUGUCUUCUCAGACAUUGGUCACUGGCCACAGCGUGUCAUAGGAGUGUGUGCUUCCCACGACUGUCCACCCAAUGCUAGAUGUCAAGAAAACUCAAAAGUAGACCACAAGUGCAUCAUUACAGGUUGCCUGAACCACCCCGGUAUCGAUAACGCUACACUACCAGCAACAGCCAAUCCUCUGGCAGAGACCCCUUUUGGCAGCGCCAUGAACUACACGUGCGAUCCUGGUUUUCUACAGGAGGGAAGUAGUGUGACAUGUCUACCCAACGGAACAUGGUCAUCAGUGAGGUGUCGACCAGCGCCAACCUCUUGUGCAGCGGUCACACAAAAUGGUAUUUCUAGUACAGAUGGCGAAUUCUGGCUUUAUCUUGGAGAGAACCAAAGAGCGAGGAUAUACUGUUACAACAUGACGUCGACAAACCCACAAGAGUUCUUAACUUUGGCCAAACCUAACAGCGGUUAUUAUCCUGAUAUCCAGAAUAACCAAUGCGCCGGAGAGAUUCCUUUGACCAAUGUCGAAAAAAGGAUGUUUGCUGGAACAAGAACUUUCCAGAAGAUAAGAAUAGACAUACAGAAUUUUACUGUGGUAGUGACGGAUACGACGUUUGCGGAUGGCACAACAAAACUGAAGCCAUACGGUGGCGCCUACGACUGUUAUGGGGAACAACCUAACGUAGCAUGUCCACCAAAGGGAACUUUCAGUAUCGAUCUGUCAGGAACUGGAUUUCAACUGAAUCCUUCGCAAACCUGGAUUACCAGUGGUUGGCGUGCCAGUCAAACAGUCGACUGGGUUGAUGCUUGGAGGGUUAAUCUGCGAUGUGGUGGGAACUGCGGAGGCUGUGAGCCAGAAGGCUCGAUGAAGAUUCAACUAAACAAGAGUGAAGCUACAAUAGUGGGUUGAUGACUCCAGCAUAUGCCCUUUGGGUUCCGUGCGUGUAGAAUAUGUUUUUUUUCUAUCGCCGUUUUGCUUCUUUUAUCUCAUUAAUUAAUGCCGAGCGCCAGACAGGACAACAACGUGUACCGUCCUUUUGUGUCUUUUGGUGUGACGCGGUCGGGGAUCGAACCACCGACCCUUUUUUUCCGGGCAGACGCUCUAUCCACUAGACCACGGAGGCGGUGUGUAAAUGAUCACAUCUGGACAAGGCAAACUAGCGGCGCAAGCAAGAUACCCACUAUAUGAGGAAUUGGAUCAUAUAAAAAUCAACCAGAUUUAACAUUAAAAGAUAGCGAUCCUGUUGGCCCUCAACAGAAGCAUGGGGUAUUGAGGAUAGAUUGUGCCCAGAAAUCAGAAACAGUAAACCUAUAAAACUUAACUACCGAAAAGGAGAUACUUGUGUUGGAAUGAGUUUGGAUGCUAAAUAAAAUCUCACUCGCCAAGAAAUGUUUAUUGACUUGUGGUAAUAUAUUUCAUAUCAAAGACACUCAGGUGAGAUUCUCUACAGAAAUAAUGCUACUGUAACCAUUGGAACAUUGGACAUAUUUCACAAUACACAUUUCACAAUACCACAAGUUAGGGAUUAGGUGUAGUGAAAAGUACGCCGUCGGUUCAAAAUGAAAUAUCCUGACAUCUGAUACUAAAUAACACCCUCAAAUCCCAAAACACAUCAUAUGUAUCACCUGACUAGCAAACCACGUUUCAGUACCUUUAACAGGCAAGGCUUUGAUUACACAGUUUGGACAUAGUACAGAUCCAGAAUUAUGAGAGAUUAUGAAAACAAAUUCAAACACCUUCACUUGUUUACCACUAUAUCCUUCAUCACUUCACUGGUAAAAAAACUAAGUCACAUGUGCCUCUGUCAAAUAAAAUUAAAUUAAAUUAAACACCCAGAUUCGUAUAAGAUAUAUAUAACUAUUUUAAACAUCCACGGCAAUACACGUACGUCCAUAUGUGUACGGAACCAUUUGGCGCAUUUGCAUGUAAGGAGGCUUUGUAAGUAUAGGUGAUUGUACGUUUGUCCGGUGAGGGUGGGGCGUUGAUGCAGCGUAUGUGUAUGUAUGUUGUGUGUAGGUAUGUUAUGAAUGCUUGCUGUGGAGUGAUGGUAUGUAACUAUUAAUGUAAACUGUGUUCGCGUUGAUGUAUUUUAGUUAGUUUAUGUCGUGUUUUAAUUUAUAUUUUACUGUAAUGUAUUGUACUUUAUUGAGUCUCAUAGGUCAUUCUAGCUGGACAUUUGAUACAGUUGUUUCUUCUCAAGACUUGAAUUUUGCAUGUACUAAAUGCGAACCCAUUCGUAAUUUUUUUUUCUCUUAUCUCUAUAUUUUUAGAAAUUCUCUUUGUAAUUGUGUUGUGAAUAGAUUGAUUAUGUCAUUCCUGUUUUACUUUAUAUAUGGUUUUACAUUGGCAAGUUUAUUCUGAUAGACAUAUACUGUAUCGUGUGUGAAUAGGUACUGUGGUAUAAAUGUACAAGGAUUGGGAGGAAGGUUCUGAGCCUAAUGUGAGCGUUGAUGGAUUUACAUGUAAUUGCUAAUAAUUUUCCAACAUAACACCCCCCCAUCCCCACCAAUGGACCAUACACUACUGUCAACGAUGCUGGCACCUGGAUUCCACGGGUGUGAAAGGCUUCCAAUGUUGGUGUAAACAGUUCUCCCAUCAUAAGGUCAUCAUCAUUUGCAUAAUUAAGACCAGACAGUUCUUUCUCCAAGUUUCGGAAGAGGUUGAUAUCUGACGUUGCCAAAUUUGGUGAAUACGAAGGAUGUUUAAUGAGUUCAAAUCCAGGUUCAUGCAUUGUAGUCAUGACAACAGAUUUGUACAUGUGUGCAUUGUCCUGGAGAAACAGCGCACUUUUAGUGAGUUUGCCACGACGUUUAUGUUUGAUAUUUUCACAUAGUUGCCUGAUUAGAUUGACCCUUAAUAGUCUGACCUUUCCUGAAACGGAAGCUAUCACCUCACCAGCUGAUGGAACAGACUUCGCCUUCUUCGGUCACAUAGACCUUUGAUGCUUCCACAGCUUGGAUUGUUGUUAAGUCAUAGUGGUGAACCCAACACUCAUCGACAGUUACAUCAGCUGGGUCUGCUUCAAAACGACCCAAAUUUUCUGCAGUGUUUCUGCCCAGGAGUCAGAAGCCUCGGAGCCCCGUUCAUUUCCUCAACAACCUUCUGAUAGAUGCCUAUCGGCCUACUUAUUAGCUAUGUGACUUGUGAUGAGACGUCGAUCAUCCAUGAUCGUGUCAUCUAUUUUAUCAAAUUAUAUAGUAGUGUCACUUUAAGGUCCACCUGAUCUUGGAUCACUUUUGCGGCUCUUUCUUCCCCUCUUGAAGUCUGCUGUCCACCUCUUGAUAGUGGCGGAAGGAUCAUUAUCCCCUAAACCAUGUCCGCAUCAAUGGCUGUUGGUUUUUUUAUCCAUUUUCAUUAACAGAGAAAACCUAUUUUCACAAUGAUAAAUGGUUGCGUAUUUGGUUCAAAUGCAGCCUGUUAGAAUGGAAAGAAUUGUACUUAAUACAUGCUUAUACUGUUAAGGGUUUACCAUACAUCCUUCGUGGUUAGGCUCAGAACGUUUGAACCACCUCUCGCAUUUGACGUGGGGAUUUCCUCCCACGUUAAGCUAACACGCCGUGAUAUUACUGGAAAGCCGCGUUAAACCCAACUUACACACCCAG